AUGGGUGGUGAUGAUAAUGUCGGUAUUCCUGAUGACUUGCGAUGUAAAAGGUCAGAUGGGAAACAAUGGAGAUGUACUGCCAUGUCCAUGCCUGAUAAAACAGUAUGUGAAAAACAUUACAUCCAGGCAAAAAAGAGGGCAGCAAAUUCUGCAAUGCGAGCAAGCAUGAAAAAAGCCAGGAGGAAAUCUUUAGGUGAAAGUGACAUCUACUUGGAGAGCAAGAGUGAUGAUAUGGACCUACCACUCAGUUCACAAUUUGGGGACUAUUCUGGCUCUGUCCCUGGGAAGAAGUACAAGGAAAAACCAUCAAAAAACCGGGUUAAUCAUUCACCUGAAAUGACAUCGAUGAGGAGCUUCUCGACCCACAAUUCUGUGAGGUCAACUGAUGACAUAGACAGAGAUGGCUCAGAGUAUGAAGAGAGUCAGCGGUCACCACCUCCUUUUGCUAUGGAAUCAUCUAGAGGCAGAUCAAGAAAGGUGUUUGAUUCUAGUCCUAUGACGGAGUCUUCUGAUGAUAAUGGUGAGCAGCCUUGCCAUCAAUGUCGCCGUGAUGAUAGAGACACAGUGAUUUGGUGCCUUAAAUGUAGAAGAAGAGGAUACUGUGAUAGCUGCAUCGCAACUUGGUAUUCUGACAUCCCAGUGGAAGAGAUUGAGAGGGUUUGUCCUGCAUGUCGUGGCAGUUGUAGUUGCAGGGUGUGCUUGCGGGGAGAUAAUCUAAUUAAGGCAAGGAUACGAGAGAUACCAGCACAAGACAAAUUGCAAUAUCUCUACUGCAUUUUAUCUUCAGUGCUUCCUGUUGUAAAACAGAUCCAUCGUGAACAGUGCUCUGAGGUAGAACUGGAAAAAAAGCUCCGAGGAAAUGAAAUAGAUCUCGCCAGGACAAAAUUGAAUGCUGAUGAGCAAAUGUGCUGUAAUUUCUGCAGGACACCGAUUAUUGAUUAUCAUCGCCAUUGCACGAAUUGCUCUUAUGAUCUGUGCCUUAACUGCUGCAAAGAUAUUAGAGAAGCGUCCAAGUUUUCUUUCAAUGGAGAGAUGAAUCAAAUCGCAGGUGGAAGUAGUGACAACGAGAUGGUGUCUGUGCAAGAGAAAUUGUCUAAUGUUCAGCUAAAAUCAUUCGAGAAGUUUUCUGGUUGGAAAGCGAAUAGUGAUGGUAGCCUUCCAUGUGCCCCAAAGAAAUAUUGGGGCUGUGGUUCCUCCUUUUUAGUUCUAAAGCGCAUCUUCAAGAUGAAUUGGGUUGCAAAACUAGUAAAAAAUGUCGAAGAAAUGGUCGGUGGCUGCAAAACAUGUAAUUCUGAUAGUACAGAGAAAAAUGGAUUUGAUCUCAGGCUCUGCCAGGCUGCGCAGAGAACGAAUGAUAGUGAUAAUUUAUUGUAUAAUCCAUCUUCAGAAGACAUUAAAAAUAAAGGGAUUGGAGACUUCAGAAUGCACUGGAGCAGGGGGGAACCUAUUAUUAUUAAGGAGGUUUGUGAUAUUUCAGCAAUGUCGAUCUGGGAUCCCAUGGUUGUAUGGAGAGGGAUUAAAGAGACGGCUGAAGAGAAAAUGAAAGAUGAUAACAGAACCGUGAAGGCUAUUGACUGUUCUGAUUGGACUGAGAUUGAUAUUGAACCCAGAGAGUUCAUCAAAGGAUACUUUGACGGUAGAAUACAUGAGAAUGGUUGGCCACAAUUGUUAAAGUUGAAGGACUGGCCUUCUCCCAGUGCUUCAGAAGAGUUUCUGUUGUACCAGAGACCUGACUUUAUCAGUAAACUUCCUUUGCUUGAAUUUAUCCAUUCCAAAUGGGGUCUUCUGAAUGUUGCUGCAAAACUGCCUCAUUAUUCCUUGCAGAAUGAUGUGGGUCUGAAGAUAUUUAUUUCUUAUGGCACUGUAGAAGAACUUGGUCAAGGCGAUUCAACAAAUAAUCUUCAUCUCAAUAUGCGUGACAUGGUGUUCCUAUUGGUGCAUAUACAUGACGUCAAAUUAAAAGACGGGCGGACAACAGAGAUUGAGAAGAUGCAAAUGGCUGUGGUAGAAUCUGACUCAAAAGAAUUGUGUGGCAGUCCUGAAGUUCACUUGGAUAGAGGUGGGUCACCAAAGUUAUCAUCUAGUGGAAACGAUGGUUCUGAGGUUAAAGUAGAUUCAGAUAAUCACGAGAAGAUGGUUGACCAAGGAAUUGAAACAAACUUCACUGUUGAAGAGGAAGCUGUUAAUCAUGAAGACUUGAACAUAGUUGGUGGAAAUACUCCUGAGAACCUUGAAGCAGGAGCUCUUUGGGACGUCUUCCGCAGACAAGAUGUACCGAAGCUGAUUGAGUAUAUAAGUAGUCAUUGGAAGGAAUUUGGGAAUACUGACGACUCCAUAAAUGAUUCUGUGCUCUGGCCCCUUUAUACGGAUGCUAUAUAUUUGGACAGACAUCAUAAGAUAAAGUUGAAAGAAGAAUUUGGAGUAGAACCGUGGACGUUUGAACAGCAGCUAGGUGAAGCUAUCUUCAUCCCCGCUGGAUGUCCUGUCCAAGUUAGACAUCUUCAGUCAACUGUUCAGUUGGGUCUUGAUUUUCUUUCUCCUGAAAGUUUGGGCGAGGCUGUAAGAUUGGCUGAAGAAAUCCGUGGUCUUCCAAAUGACCAUGAGGCAAAGCUUCAAAUAUUGGAGGUAGGUAAAAUAUCAUUGUAUGCAGCAAGUUCAGCCAUUAAAGAAGUUCAGAAGUUGGUUCUAGAUCCCAAACUUGGUCCAGAACUCGGUUUUGAGGAUCCAAAUUUAACUGCAUUGGUUUCACAGAACUUGGAGAGCAUGGUUAAACGAAGGCAGAUUACUUGCAUAUAA